AUGGCUGGACAAUCUCUGUGGUUUUAUAGUUCAUGGUUUGUGUUCACACUCAAGCAUCAUAAGUUGGUGUGGUAUGCAGCAUGGAGGGUACGCCUUGUUGCGAAGUUCUUUGAUUAUGCUCUACUUGGCGACGGUUUUGUCAUCGUAGAUCUUCGAAUCAAUGACCAAUUUAUUUAUUCUGAUAUGUAA